GGAAGAACUAACGCCAUGCGGACUAGAUCGGAGCUCACCUUUCCCCACCCGCAGCGGCUCUUGACCAUCCAAACUCCCUCGUUCCCUUCAAUCAUCCAUCUUCUCCCCCUGUUGUUCUUCCAGAUUUCAAUUCCAUUCUGUUUCAUUUCUCACCUGUUUCCUAUUUCCCUUUUCCUUCUCCUCCAUCGCGUGUCUACUGGUGUCGAGAUCCCCAAGGUGAUUUGUUCAUUUCUUCCCUUUUGGUCUUCUGUUUUCUUUAUUUUCCUAUCUUCAUCAGCUGUCGGAGUGCUCUCCUAAGCUUUGUCGGCCACUUCUUCGCUCUACUUGUUGGGGCCUGUCGUUGAGAAAGUGGUGUUUUGAGUUGUCUGGAUUCUAGCGCCUUUUAAUCCGUCACGAAUCUUUCUUUGUUUUUCAAUCUUUCCCACCUUUACUCCAAUCGUCACUUCGUCGACGGUUUUUUUUUUUUCUUCCCUCUACGCUUUUCGUUUUCUCUUGUCUUCUCAUCUAGCGCUUGUUGCUCCAUCUUCAACCCUUCCCCUUUCUCUUUUCCCUUUCCUUUCUUUCCUUGUCUAUUGUGUCCUUUGGCAGCAGAUUUUCCCAUCACCUUACUUCCCCUGAUCAAACACUACCAAUUGGGGGGGAGAGGGAAAAAAAAGGAAAAUACCUAAUAAUAGUAACUGACCGGUAUAGCAUUUGGAUUACGGAUCGCCUC